AUGACAAACGAAACGGAAAAAGUGGAAGAGGAACAAGAACUGAUUGAGGCUCGACAAGCCGCAAUCGUUCAUAUUAAUGUUGGUGGAAGAAAAGCUCGACUGAACUCGGAUAUAUUAACAAGAAGACUUGCAACAUCUCGUCUUGCAGUGUUUUGUGACAAAUCUCAUGUUGAAAGACUCACUGAUUGCGAUGCAUAUUUCGAUAAUCCAGGAGAAUAUUAUUUUGAAAGAUCACCAAUUAUAUUCGAAUAUGUUAUUGAUUUUUAUAUCACUGGAAAACUUCAUCGACCAAUGGAUAUUUGUCCAAUUCGAUUGAGAUAUGAGUUGGAUUAUUGGCGAAUUCCAACACCAUUUAUGUCACCAUGUUGUAUUUUGGAGGAAAAUAAUAAUGUGAAUGGGAAAAAUAAUGAAAAAGCUUAUGUUGAUUCAUCACUUCCAAGCUCAUGUUUUGAUAAAGUUAUUUUUGGACCUCAAAGAUUGAAGGUGAGAAUUUCAAUCAAUAAAUAUAUUUCCAAAAAUAAUAAAAUAAAAAUUCAGCUCUAUCGACUUAUGGAAAAUCCACGUAGUUCAAGUGGCGCCAAAUUCUUUUCAGUUGGCUCAGCUCUCUUUGUACUUUUGUCUUUACUUGGCCUAAUUCUUAGUUCAAUGCCGGAACUUCAAGAUGAAAACAAAGAACCACAUUAUCUUCUCAAACAUCUUGAGUCAUUAUGUAUGGCAUAUUUUUCAUUUGAAUAUGUUGCAAGACUUUUGGUGAAUCCGAAAAAAGGAGAAUUUAUGCGAAGUCCUUUGAAUGUUAUUGAUUUAUUAACAGUUUUACCAUUUAUGAUUGAAGCAUUCAAUGAAUUACAGUGGAUGAGAGAAUUUCGAGGUGCAAUGUUAGUUGUAAGAGUUAUGAGAUUAGCAAGAGUUGCGAGAAUAUUCAAAUUGGCUCGAUAUAGCACAGGGUUACGUGCAUUUGGAGAAACUAUGAAAAAAUCAGCUGCCGAAUUGAGUAUGCUUGGAAUGUUUUUAGUUACUGGUAUUAUGUUAUUUUCAACAGCAAUCUACUUUUUUGAAAGAGAUGAACCGAAUUCCAAAUUCUACAGUAUUCCAGCAGCAUGUUGGUGGUGUAAGUAACAGGAAACCAUAUAAACCAUCUAAAGGUUAUUUUCCAGGUGUAAUAACAAUGACUACUGUAGGUUAUGGUGAUUUAGUGCCAGUAACAGCUGGUGGUAAAGUGGUUGCUGCAUUAGCAUCAGUUUGUGGAAUUAUUGUGUUAGCUUUCCCGAUAUCAAUGAUUAUUGAUAAAUUUGCUGAAUCAACUGGUGGCUGGCAAGGUGGACCUGAUAUUGAUGAAGAAAACGGGGGAGUUCGAAGUCCGGUUGGAGGAAAAAAGAAAAGUAAACGAUAUGUCGGAUUCUAA